AGAAACACACAUUCUUAAGGUAAAUCUACGUGAUAAUAAGCUUAUGUAUGAACAUAAAUAUGUAAAUAAAUGAAACACUACGAAUUCAGUUUCAUUAAUAGGCGGGUGGUUUCCUUAUAACCGAAUGAGUGGAAUCGGACUGUUGCUAGGGCACUGCUGAAAAUUUUGGAAAUGACGUCCCGACCAGAGUCCGGGCAGAAGAAUUUAUCCCCAGCGAUUCCGAUUGAUAAGCAAAGAGAGACCAGCAGGAAUGCCAUGACUCCAGUCAAAGCUGUGAAGCAAAUCAUACAAAACAAAGAUGGUGGAGAGUUGAAUAAGAUCCCAAGCUCAAGUUGUGUGAAAUCAGGGAAAGGAAUGGGAUUGGCUAUUGGUAAAAUUGCUGCAGCCAUGAAGUUUGCUGGACGCAUUAAGCGUAUCAAGGAUGAGUCUCAUCCAGAACAAGAAGUGGACGGGAAGAAAAGUUUAACUGUACAUCAGACAAUUCCGAAAAUAGCGAUCUGGGACGAUGAGUUGGCAUCCUUGGAAUUGAAGAGGGAAAGAGCCUCUGUGAUUCGCAAAGAAAUCAACUUCAUUGAUUCCAAUGUGAUUCCCCCUACCCCAGAGAUUAUUGAUGUUUUUGUGAAAAAGACUCGAGUACCAGAACAUGCAAAGCAGAUGCAAAUUUUCCAUGUCCUGAAGCCCUGUGUAGAGCAAGCAGAGUGGAAAGAAUUCAAGGGUCCCCGGUACAACAAACAAGGGGAGAUAAUCCGGCACAGCAUCCUGGGCGACUGGGAGAUGUUCCUACAACAUGCCAGCGUCAAUCAAAAAGGCUUACAAGUUCUAAAGAGAGAAUGUGAAGAAAAAGUGUCAAUUUCCGUGAAACCUCUGGAACAUUCCAUAGGAAACAACCGUGUAACCAAGCCAGUACUAAAGGAGGAGCUUGCUUUACAGAACUGGACCAAUCAAAUGAAGACUCGUAGGCGCAACCAGCGCUUUCUUGCCAGGAAAUUGAAUUGCCACAUAGACCAGCUCCUUAUGCAUAAGAGUGACCAAUACCUGCAGAAGAAGGCAUUUGUAGACCAGCUUGAAUGCAUCUUACACCACAAUGAGCCAGACGUUUGCUUCUGGAAACAAGAGGAACAAAUUGGCUCUAAGCAGAUUGCUGCCACUCUAACAAGAUCAGAGAGAGGUUUCCCUCCAUUGUCACCGGUCAUGAGUGGCGAUGCAGACUCAUUCAUGUCAGAGAAAGGAAAGUCAUUUAAAUUGGAACCAGUCAAACUGGCUGAUUCGGAGUACUGCAGACAAGUUCUGGCUGUUGUAGGGCAGCAAGGUGGGAGAAUAAUGAUUGCAAACCAAGAACUUUUCAAGCAGCUAGAGAUACUUGGGCAUUCCAUUAUACUGAAUACAAACCAGACAAAUGAGGCUGAUGGCAAGGGGGAGCAUUCAGGCUUUUCAAAGGGAGGCAAUUUGAGAGAAGUGGAGUAUCUCUUGCCAGACAAAUGUGAUGCAAAUGAAACACCACAUGACCUCUACAUGAAAUUGAAAAACUCCUGGAUGGAGGGCCAGCCCAAAGAAAGUAUGAAAGGACCAGCCCUUUGUAUUGGUGGAACCAUCUUGACCUAUAGAGGUAACCAUAGCAACAAAAGUGACACUUCUCCCAAAGACAAAAUCAUAUUUGAGAGGAGUGUAUUCUUCAGCGACAAUGUCACACAUUUCAAGUCAUUUGAGCACAGCAACAAACAGAGGUAUAAAAUAGCCAGGCCCAUUAUAAUUCAAAAAGAUGUGACAGGUUUCCAUAGCAACCAAAAUGCAAGUGCAACAGGGUUGUUUAGCAACAAGAGUGCGAGUGGCUCUGGACUUACUGGCUACCAAAAUGCAAGUAAAUCAGGUUUCCAGAACAACCAAAAUGCAAUUGACUCUGAAUUCCCCAGCAACCGUAGUUCACGUUUAUCAGGUAACACAAUGGGUGUUGAACUAGUAAUGAACGAAUGUGUUGAUGGAAAGCAGAACCAAUGUUCUCAAGGUCAAGAUGAUGCAGUUGCUAAGGAAACCAUUAUCAUGAUGACAGGAAAAGUUGGGAAGGUCCUCAGGGCUCAUGCUGUGAUUGAAAACGUAGGAUCAACAGCUGUCAAAUUCAACUGGCUGAAAGCUCACCAGCCUGUCAACUUUGGUGUCACCCGGAAACAGAGAAGGCCUUUCUAUUUUAAUGACAAUGAUGGUGUCAUUCUUCCAAGGGACAAAAUCUACGUGCCCAUGCUUUUCAAAACCGUGGAACCUGGGAUUUUCACAGAGACGUGGCUACUUAAAACGAUCCCUGAAUUAGAACUUGGAGCAAAAAUCAAGUUUAUGUUCAAAGUUGUCGUGUCAGACGAUAAGCCCUACCAGCAAGAUAUUUUGGAUGUUGAGAACAUCAUUUCCAAACGACAAAUCCAAACGAUCUGUCUAAAUAUAGCCCAGAAAAUCAUCAAUGACGCCAUUUUGAAAGGUUCCUUUAGUGGGACAAUCAGGGAACGAAUCUCUCUCCACAGUUGUGAGGAGCUUUUUGAGCUUAGAAAUCCUGGUCUAAACCAUCAUGGGACAAGCGUGUCUACCCUGCAGAUGAUGUAUAAGACUGCAAUGGAAAGUUUGAAGCCAAGGGAGACUACCUAUGCAAGCAGUCAUAAAAGGGAAGCCACCCACAAUGUUCCCCUGGUAUUGUCAGUGGCCAAACUUCGGAAGCUGCUGUUAAAAAUGCCAACCAAUGCUAGCAGCAAGGAACCAGUUGUUCCAGAGGUGAUGAACAAGGGUGCCAAUUCUGUCGGGACAUCCAUACCAGGAAGUAACCUUCUGAAAGAAUUAGUUCUGACACAAGAGGAUAUAAAUUUUCAACGAAAAGAGGACCUUCUUCUUGUUCUGUAUCAAGAGAUAGGCAUCCUGAGUUUCAGACCUUUAAAGCCUCUUGCUUCAGACACACAGAUGCGUAUUCUUUUAGUGUCUUUACUUCUCCAGUCUGCAGUAGACACCAUGGUUACACAGGCAACCAUUCUAGCAGGCACACUGGAAUUGAACCCAAAGGAGAGAGUUAAGAACAAAGUGGAAACUGACAAAAAGAAACAAUCUAAGGAUAAAGCCAAGACAAACAAGGACAGGAAAGGCGGCAAAGAGACAUCACCCCCUGCCACCAGUGCCGCGCCCAGGGAGGAAACCUACUUUUUUUCUGCAGCUUACAAAAUGAGAACGUCUUCGGAUGAAACCAAGGAUGAGGCUCUGUUGGCGAAAUAUGAUGAGAAAGUUUAUUGUGCAACAUACUGGAUUCUUCAGCAGACCAUUGGAGAUGUCUUCGACCUUCUUGAAGCUUUGUAGUAAACAAAGGCGUGAAAUAAAAGUGCAACUCAA